GCUUAUGCAGCAAAGGUGUUGCCACCAGGCUGACAUAAGGUGUUCAGGCUAUUUCUUUAGUAGCCUAGUUGCUCUUACAGAAGACCAAUGGACAAAAAAAUGGAAGAAGGUAAUUUGGCUCCCUAUGAGCCGGAUUUUAAUGGACCAGUACGUCAAAGAAAUUGUACAGAUCCUAUUUGUUUCCUGUUGUUCCUGGCGGCCGUUGCUGGCUACAUGACCCUUGGCGUGACAGCAUGGCUCCUUGGAGACCCUCGAAACAUUCUGUAUGCACGCAACUCCACAGGGGCGUUUUGUGGGGCUGGUGCCAAUAUACUGAAGCCCCAUGUUUUCUACGUUGACCUUUUAAAAUGUGACGAAUCGACUAAUUCUAUGGCUGCUGCCUUGGGUGGUGUCCAGUGCCCCACAACUCAGGUGUGUGUCCAGGAGUGCCCUUCUCAGUAUUGGAUGCUGCCAGAUUCUGCUUAUGCCCCGGGUGCUCUGCCCAAAGACUAUUUCCAGAAGGAAUACUGUGACCCCCGUCUUGAUUUGCAAACGACCUCUCUGACUGUCCAGAAUAUCCUAGAUGAAGAUCUCUGCCCGGCUUUUUAUACUCCUGCUCAAUCAGUUUCUGGAAGAUGUCUCACAAACUCAGAUUUACUGAAUACGACUGCUAACUUCACCAUAACAAAUCAACCGUUAUUCGAUGACACCGUUAGUGCCAUAAAGAAUGGCACCAGUGACAUAAUGUCCAUCAUCAACAACAGAGGCGUUUGGGUCAGGAUCUAUGAGGACUUUGCCAUGUCAAUGCACUGGAUCUUACUAGCUCUUGCUGCAGCCAUGGUUGUCAGUGCAUUGUUCAUUCUGUUGCUGAGAUACUUGGCAUCUGUACUAGUGCUGACUGUCAUUCUCGGAGUGCUGGGUGUCGGAGCUUAUGGAAUAUACCACUGUCAUUUGGAGUAUGCCAAACACCUCACCUCCGAAAUGUCCCUCAGUGAUCUGAGUUUCAACUCGACUUUUGCUUUUUAUCUUCAAGUCAAAGAGACCUGGCUAGCUUUCAUGAUCGUCAUAAUAGUGAUGGAGGUCAUAAUGGUUAUGGUGCUUGUAAGCCUUGGGAAAAGUAUCUCCUUUGCGGUGGAUCUUCUAGAGGAGUCCAACAAGGUGGUUAGCUAUGUGCCCUCAACGGCAGCCUAUCCAUUCAUCACCUUCAUUUUGCUGGUGGUGUCUAUAUCCUACUGGGGAAUGACAUCCCUAUAUCUGGCCACUUCUGCGGCUCCACUUUACAGGGUAGUGGCACUGAACACCACGGCUGGAAACUGCAUGUCUGUUACAGGCCUGGAGAGUUGUACUCCAACUACAUUUGACUCUUCAGAGUUCUCUGGCUGUCCAACAGUGAGGUGUAUGUUCCACAAGUAUGAUGACACCGGCAUGUUCCAGAACAACAUGGUCUACCUGCAGGUGUUUAAUUUGCUGGCUUUCCUGUGGUGUGUGAACUUCUUCCUCACCCUGGGCCACUGCACACUGGCAGGCACGUUCGCUGCCUACUACUGGGCUUUUGACAAGCCAGGCGAUAUCCCAGCCCACCCGUUGUCCCAGGCUCUUGUCCGAAAUUUACAGUACCAUGUAGGAUCCCUGGCUUAUGCUUCGAGUGUUCUCCCAUUGUUCCAGCCUUCUCGGAUCUUUCUGGAAUUCUUGUCUCGUAAAAGUAGAGGAUCGUCUAACCCAGUCAGCAGAUGUAUCAACAAUAUCACAUACUGUUGCCUAAAUUCCUUUUUACAGAUUAUGAACUCAAAUGCACAUGUUGUGAUAUCUGUAUAUGGGUACAACUUUUGGAUUUCAGCCAAGGAAGCACACAGGCUUCUGAAAAGGAAUAUUUUACGUGUGGAGACUCUGGAUAGUGUAGCAGAUGUGCUGCUUUUCUUUGGCAAGCUGUUGGUAGUGGGAACAGUAGGUGUCCUGGCAUUUUUGGUGACCUCUGGUACCAUCACAAUCCCACAUGACAUCUUCCAGGCAAGCAAACUGAACUAUUCCUGGGUGCCAAUCAUUGUGGUCAUUGUGGGAGCUUACCUCAUAUCCCAGGCCUUCUUCAGCGUGUACACUAUGAGUGUGGAAGCACUCUUCAUCUGCUAUAUGGAUGACUUGGAGCGUAAUGAUGGCACCGUGCUCCGGCCAUAUUACACAACACGGAAUCUCAUGAGGAUCCUUCGCAAGACUGACUCCAUGUUCUUGUGAACCUAAACAAUGCAGACAAUCUCAUGGCAUUUCUGUCAUAUUCUUGACUUUCCAUAGCAUUAAAAAUCAUAUCAUAUCUUAAA